AUGUGGUCUGAUUUGGAGUUCCUCGAGUUCCCGUUCGUGCCAGUCUCUCGAGAUCGUAACUUCUUUCGGCAGUACGACGGUUUCACGGCACUUCGACAAGGGCAAUUCAACAAGAACGUUAACAUCAUGAUUGGCAUUAACCAUGAUGAAGGUUCGUGCUGCUGUUGUAUGUGGGCGAGUGGUUCAUAG